UCUUGUUCUUGUGUGGAUAUUGAUGAAUAAAAAAAAAUCCGUACAUAACAUCUAAAAAAUUUAUAUAUAAAAACUAAUGGACUGGACGAUUAUUAACCAAUCCAGUUCACAUUUCAAAUUUGAUUUUGAAAUACGAAUACGAUCUCAGGAAAUUUUAUCGUUAAAUUCCGGAAAUUCAUCAUCAUUGGUAUAUCAUUUUAUUGGUAUCGAAUAGACAUCGCGAUCAUCAUGACAUUCAUUAAAGCUGAAUUACAACCAGCCGAUACUUGUGACCAUCACCAUAAUAAUGUUAAUGGUCACAAGUCAAAAAAUUUAACAUCCACCUUUUCCAGUCAAAAAGCCAAUCUUGAAUCAGGACCAGAAAUUUUCAUCAAAACACCAUUGAUUGAAAGCGUUAUUCUGAAAAAAUAUGCCGCCAAUAGACCUGUUUAUUUGAAAAUGGAAAAUUGUCAACCAUCCGGUAGUUUCAAAUUACGUGGUCUUUCAAAUUUAUGCCAAUAUGCAAAAGCAAAUGGAUAUGAACGAUUCGUUUGUCCAUCCGGUGGUAAUGCUGGUAUGGCAACAGCAUAUUCAGCUCGUAAACUUGGUAUGCCAUGUCAUAUUGUAGUCAACAAACAGACACCAGAAAGUACAAGAGAAACAAUUGCAGCAUUUGGUGCAUCAGUUGAAAUAUAUGGUAAUUCAGUUAAUGAAUCGGUUGUACGAGCAAAACAAUUAGCUGAAGAAGAUCCAAAAUUGUUCCUAGUUCAUCCAUUCGAUCAUAAAGCUAUUUGGGAUGGACAUUCAAGUAUGAUUGAUGAAAUAGCUGAAGAACUUGGUGAAGAACCAUCAAUUAUUGUCACAUGUUGUGGUGGUGGUGGAUUAAUCAACGGUUUAGUACGUGGCUGUAGACGUUAUGGCUGGAAAACGGCCAAAAUUCUAUCCAUGGAAUCGAUUGGUUGCCAUUCAUUCAAUGUAUCUCUCAAAAAUAAUGGUAAACGUUUACGAUUGGAAAAAAUGACAUCAAGAGUAGUAUGUUUAUCGGUUGAUGAAGUUUGCCAAGAAAUUCUUGAUGAAUAUCAUAAAGCUGAACCACCAAUUUUAUCACGUUUAGUUGAAGAUUGUGAUGCUGCUGAAGCUUGUUUAAAAUUUGCAGAUGAUCAUCGUGUAUUAGUUGGAUUAGCAUGUGGUACAUGUUUAGCUGCAUUAUAUAAAGGACUGGUUGAACGUAUGAUUACCGAUACUGAAGAUCCAAAAGAUAAAGAAUUGGAUAAAGUUAAAUUAGAUUUAAAUGGUAAUCGAAUCGAUGAAUAUGACAAUGGUGGUCCAAUAGUGGUCAUUGUUUGUGGUGGUGCAGAGAUUUCCAUGAGUCAAAUGGAUUUCUAUCGCAAAUUAUGGAACAUUGAUGUUUGAAUGACAAAAAUCGCCAACAACAAAUUGACCUCAUAGUUCUUUUUUUUAUUAUUAAUUAAU